CUCCGCCAUGUUGGAUUCCGCACAACAGUUAACAGCAGCAAUCGAGAAAUCUCUUCGGAGCGUUGAAAAAUUAAGGAAUAACGCAGUAAAAGUGCAGCUAAACGACCAAAAACAUACGUAAAGUGUGAAUAAAAGGACCAACCAGCGAUUAAUCAUUAAUUGAGCGUUGAGCAAGCGCGAAAAGUACGCGAAAUCGACGUUUUGCAAAACGUCCGCAAUACGCGUCGCCAUUGGUGUGUGCGAAUGUGCGUGUGAGUGGGGGAGUAUUGGUGGGAGCGUCUGUGUGUGAAUGUGUGAGCGAGCGGCCCCUAUGAAAAGCAACAACAACAACAACAACAACGCCAGCAAAGGACCCACAGCAACAACAGCGUUUUAAUUUUCAAAUAAUGAGUGUCGCUGCAAUGACUAUGGACGAUCAAAGACCCUUGAUGAACAGUUACGAUAAAAUGCCCCCGACCAAAUACGAGCAAAACCUAAAUAUCCUAAACAGCAGCCAAAACAGUGGAGUCAGCGGCGGCCCCGCCUCCCCAACGCCCUCGGGCCUGGAGGACACGUCGUCACACCAUCACCAUCAUCACCAUCCGCACCAUCACCACCAUCAGGAGCAGCAACACUUGCAGCAGCAUCAGCAACUCCAGCAGCAACAGCAGCAGCAGCAACACGCAGCAGCUGUUGCAGAGGCUGUUGCAGCCGCCGAACAGCGACAACGCUUGCUCGAAGAUGAGAUCGAGAAUCUCAAACUGGAGCAGGCCCGCAUGGGUCAGCAGUGCGCGGACGCCCUGCGGCGCGAGAAGAUCCUCAUGCGGCGGCUGGCCAACAAGGAGCAGGAGUUCCAGGACUAUGUGAGCCAGAUUGCCGAGUACAAGGCCCAACAGGCGCCAACUGCCUUGGCCUUGCGCACUGCCCUUCUCGAUCCGGCGGUCAACCUUCUGUUCGAACGGCUCAAAAAGGAACUAAAGGCCACCAAGGCCAAGCUGGAGGAGACCCAGAAUGAGCUGUCCGCCUGGAAAUUCACACCGGACUCCAACACGGGUAAGCGCCUGAUGGCCAAGUGCCGUCUGCUCUACCAGGAGAACGAGGAGCUGGGCAAGAUGACCUCCAAUGGCAGACUGGCCAAGCUGGAGACCGAACUGGCGAUGCAGAAGAGCUUUAGCGAGGAGGUCAAGAAGUCGCAGUCGGAGCUGGACGACUUCCUUCAGGAGCUGGACGAGGAUGUGGAGGGCAUGCAGAGCACCAUUCUGUUUCUACAGCAAGAACUGAAGACCACUCGCGAUCGCAUCCAAACCUUGGAGAAGGAGAACGCCCAGCUGAAGCAGGUUAGCACGAAGGAUGAGGUUGUGGCACCGGCGACAACCACCAAUGGUGGCACCAUCCAGACGGUGGGCAAACUAGAGACCAUCGACGAGAACGCCUGUCUGGCGAGCAACCCAUCAAAUUCAGACUGUUACAAUGGCAACACUAACAACGAACAGAUCGUGGCCGUGCCACAGAUACCACCGGCGGACGAGAGCAGCAAUAGCAACGGGAAUGCGGCGCGACUAGCCCGCAAGCGAAACUAUCAGGAGGAGGAGAUGCCAGCAAUAGUUGUGCCCAUAACAACGCCAGUGGGCAACACCGUCCAGGAAGCGCCGCCAAUAAGGGAAGUUACUGCCCCUCGUACUCUGCCGCCCAAAAAGUCCAAGUUGCGGGGCAUAACCACGCGACGCAACUCUCAGCUUGAAGAGGAUCAUCAGCCCGUGACGACGCCAGUGGCUGUGCCGCUAGUCCUGGACAACGCCGUGGCCGGAAUGGCCAGUGAAGAGGCGGCCGCUGCUGCGGCGGCGACCAGCAACAACGCAGAGACGGGAGUGGUGGUUGGAGCUCCAAUUGAGGCUAGCGAUCCAGCUGCUCCGGCGGCACCGGCCCGCAUACUGACCCGACGCCGGUCAGUCCGCAUGCAGCAGAACGGCAGCGGAGCGGUCGACUACUCCACCUAAGCGUUGCUGGACCUUUUUUUUAUAAAAAGGGUGCACUCUUUAUGAGUUCGUCAUAUUGAUCGUUAAUUCCUGACGUUUACUUUUGUGCAUUGAGAUUUCAGAACCGAGACAGACUUCAUUUUAUAACUCUAAACUAUCGUAUUAGAUUCUUUUAUUUUUUUACACAUGUCUUGUAAAAUACGUUUGUUAUUUUGUUUGCAUGCAGCAUAGGCAUACUUAAUACCCGAAUUAAUUAGAAAUCACUGCAAUACAUACGAAAUAUAAUUAUGUAGACCAGUGUACCAUUUCAGCCGACAUGUACGGUCGAUCUAAACAAUAAUGCUAAAUCUGAUAAACUAUUUAUGUUUUUAAAAACCACGGCAACUACUGAAAUGCUGAAAAAGGAACUUCGACAAAA